AUGUUUCAUUAUCUCCUCCUCUUUUACCUGCCAGGUAGUAGUCUGUGUCUUGAGGUUCGUCAGUCUCACUCUGAUCUCAUCACCAAACCUGGAAAAAAGGUGGAGAUUUUCUGCUCUCAUGAUAAAACUGACUUCUGGAUAAUGCUCUGGUACCAGAGGUCACCUGGAGACACACCCAUGAACCUGAGGAGACUCAAAAGACAAACCAAAGGUCUAGUUUCCAACAGGAAGCCACUCCCCUCCUCAGCCUUCAUCACAGAGAACCACUACCAGCCGAGACUCAGUUCCUGCAGCAGAUGUUGCUCUAACUUGUCUUUUCUCUUCAUAAUGAUUAGAUUUCUCCUCUGCUGUUUCCUCACAGGAGGAUUUUCAUUAGAGGUUCAGAUCCACCAAACUCCUUCUGCUCUCAUCAGAAAAGUGGGAGAAGACGUGCAGCUGGUGUGCAGUCACGGACACAUCGACUACAGGGUGAUGCUGUGGUACCAGUGGCUGGCUGGAGACCUGGCUCUGAAGCUGAUCGGAUACGGAUACUCAGAAUUUAGAAAUGACAGCGUGGAGGAGACGUUUAGAAAUAGUCGCUUCAGCUUAGCCGGUGAUUUGAGUGGAAACAAAAACAGAAGCGGUUCACUUUUCAUUAAGAAUCUGAGCCCACAGGAACACACAGCAACAUAUUUCUGUGCUGCUAGAAAAGCACAGUACACCAAACACCCACCUGCUCCUCACAAAAACCACCUUCCUGCUGACUGGCUGCUUGGUUGUGUUCUGAGCUCUGAGUUCGACUUAAACACAGCUGACUUUGGAGUGCAGGCACCGCUCACACCCGUUUAUGCAUCAUUCUCUGGAGCAGGAGCCACCAACUCCAGUCCUCGAGGACCGCCAUCCUACACGUCUGAGCCAUUUUCUUCCUCCAACACACCUGAUUUAAAUAAUAAGUGAUUUAGAAACUUCUGCAGAAGUGAUGAGAUGAUUAAACUAUUGAUUCAGGU